UCAGCUUCGCUCGCCCCCCCCCCACGCCUCCAAGGACGGAGCUGCGAUGGCUGCGGUAGGUUCGGUGCUGAGGUGUGGCUUGCGAGGCGCUGUGGCUUUGCCCCAGCAACAGCGCGGCUGGAGCUCCGGCCCUGACAAGUUCGACAGCGACAAGAGCGGAGCUAUCCGCGACGCUGGCGGCGCCUUUGGGAAAAAGGAAGCCGCCGAGGAAGAGCGAUAUUUCAGGAAGCUACAGAAAGAGCAGUUGACACAACUGAGAAAACAUCAUGAAGAAGAAAUACAUCACCAUAAGGAAGAAAUAGAGCGUCUGCAGAAGGAAAUUGAGCGUCAUAAGUCAAAGAUUAAGAAGUUACAUGAUGAUGAUUAGGUAGCAGCAGUCUUGAUCAGUGUGGUAUAUCUGAUGUUCUGAAAAUGAUGUCUGCCAAUGUGCAAGUUUUUGCUCCUAACACAUUGUGAAAUAAAUACUUCACACUCUUUC